GGCUGCGCUACAUCGCGAUGAUCGCUGCGGCGUUUUUGGUUUUACUGAGACCUCUGAGCGUUCAGUGCUUGCUUCUGUUAAUCUUGCUUUUACUGGGAACUGUAGCCACCAUCCUGUUUAUCUACUGCUGGCAUCGGAGGCUUCGCCAUGAGAAGAUCCCUAUAAAAUCCGUGUUCAGCAGGCGCUCCAGGAGCCGCGAAGCUGGUCUCCGAACGCAUCAUUUUCGACCUGAGAGUUUUCGGCACAGUCCGCGUCAUGGUCGGAGGACUGUAAGAUCCCGUGUGUGUGAAGAGCGGCCUCUUAUUGACAUAGUCGAGAGUGAACCAGACUCCAGCAGUGCUGUAAGGAAACGCAAAGUGGUCAAGAGAGUCCAACCAGAGUUCUACCACUCCGUUCAAGUGACGCCCACCCGCAAACCAAGCUCGGGAUCCAGGAACACUUCCCUGCGUUGCUCCAUGUCUUCAUCAGCGGAUUUCUCCGAUGAGGACGAUUACAGUAGCAGAUCGGGCUGUGUGUCGCCGGCACCGGGAGACACGCUUCCGUGGAAUUUACCCCGACACGAGCGCUCCAAGCGCAAGAUCCACGGUGGAUCAGUACUGGAUCCGGCUGAAAGAGCUGUGCUCAGGAUCGCCGAUGAAAGAGACAGAGUGCAGAAAAAGACAUUCACAAAAUGGAUAAACCAGCACCUCCUUAAGGUACGAAAGCAUGUAAACGACCUAUACGAGGAUUUGCGAGAUGGACAUAACCUGAUCUCCUUAUUGGAGGUUCUGUCUGGUGACAAAUUGCCUCGGGAGAAAGGCCGCAUGCGCUUCCACAGACUGCAAAAUGUACAGAUAGCACUGGACUACUUGAAAAGGCGGCAGGUGAAACUAGUGAACAUUAGAAAUGACGACAUCACAGACGGCAACCCAAAACUGACGUUGGGAUUAAUAUGGACCAUCAUUCUGCACUUUCAGAUCUCGGACAUCCACGUUACUGGUGAGUCCGAGGACAUGACAGCUAAGGAGAAGCUUCUGCUGUGGUCCCAGCAGUUGACUGAAGGCUGUGUUGGGGUUCGUUGUGACAACUUCACUACCUCCUGGAAGGAUGGAAGACUAUUUAAUGCCAUUAUUCACAAGUACAGGCCUGACCUGGUGGAUAUGAGCAAAGUAUCAAUACAGAGUAGCAGAUCAAAUUUGGAGCAAGCAUUCUCUGUAGCAGAGCAGCUGGGAGUGGCUCGGCUGCUGGACCCGGAGGAUGUGGAUGUAUCAUCUCCAGAUGAGAAGUCAGUCAUUACCUAUGUAUCAACAUUAUACGAUGUCUUCCCUAAAGUACCUGAGGGUUCUGAGGGCAUCAGUGCAAAUGAUAUCGAUGUUAAAUGGGUGGAAUAUCAGAAUAUGGUCAAUUACCUCAACCAGUGGCUCAAACAUAACAUAUCCGUCAUGUCCAGCAGAAACUUUCCAAGUAACCCUGUGGAACUCAAGGCACUUUAUUCGCAAUAUCUGCACUUCAAGGAAAGUGAAAUCCCACUGAAAGAAAAUGAGAAGACCAAAAUUAAGCACCUUUAUAAAAUGUUAGAGGUCUGGAUUGAGUUUGGUCGCAUUCAUUUGCCGGAGGGUUACCAUCCAAACGAUGUGGAGAAGGAAUGGGGCAAGCUGAUCGUUGCUAUGCUUGAAAGAGAGAAGAGCCUAAGGCCUGAAGUAGACAGACUUGAAAUGCUGCAGCAAAUAGCAAACCGAGUUCAACGUGACUGUGUGGCCGCAGAGGACAAAUUGGUCCUGGCAAAGGCAGCUCUGCAGUCUGAUUUAAAGAGGUUUGAGUCUGGGAUCCAGUUGCAGAAUGAGCCAGAAAUUGCAGGAUAUCUUCUAGAGUGUGAGAAUCUGCUAAGGCAGCAAGUGGUGGACAUUCAGAUUCUGCUGGACGGGAAGUUCUUCCUAGCAGAUCAGCUAGUUCAAAGAGUAUCAAGGAUUCGGGAUGAUCUGCUGACCCUCAAGGCCGAAUGUUCCUCUGUGUACAGUAAGGGGCGCUCGCUGAGCACAGAACAGACCAAGAUGAUGAUUUCUGGCAUCACACAAAGCUUAAACUCAGGCUUUUCUCAGAACUUGAACAUGGGUCUGAGUCCUGCCUAUACUCCAGGCUCUGCUCUGUCCUCCAACUAUACUUCAGGCAUGACUCCAGUCAUAACCACUGUACUGACCCCGGGAAUGACCUCAGGCCUGACCUCAGGAAUGACUGCAGGCCUGACCUCUGGAAUGACUUCAGGCCUGACCCCUGGAAUAAACUCAGGCAUGGUGACUGCACUGACCCCUGGCUUUCCACCUUCCCUAAGGGUUGGGGGGUCUAUGGAGCAAGGUGUCCUCCAGCACCUAAAACACAUGCAAAUCCGUAAGCCCAUUCUCAAAUCCUCAUUCGACUCCAGUUUGACAGAAGAAGAGGUCAAUAUGAAGUUUGUUGAGGACCUGCUUAACUGGGUUGAGGAGAUGCAGGUACAAGUUGAUCAGGGAGAAUGGGGUUCUGAUCUGCCAAGCGUGGAAGUUCAUUCAGAAAAUCACAGAAAUGUCCACAGAGCCAUUGAAGACUUCCAGAUGAGCAUUAAGGAAGCAAAGCUUAGCGAGGUUCAGAUGACCCACCCUCUGAAACUGACUUACUCCGAGAAGCUGGGGCUUUUAGAUAGCCGCUAUGGCAGACUAUUGUAUACUUCUAAAGAAAGACAGAGGCACCUGGACAGCCUACAUGACUUUGUAUCACGUGCCACCCUGGAGUUAAUAUGGCUGAAUGAUAAAGAAGAGGGGGAGGUUGCAUUUGACUGGAGUGAACGCAACAGUAAUAUCACCAGGAAAAAGGAAUAUCAUGCUGAGCUGAUGAGAGAGCUGGAUGAGAAGGAGGGGGUGAUCAAGUCAGUGCAGGAUCAAGCUGACAGUCUUCUACAGCAGCUACAUCCAGCCAGACUUACCAUUGAGGCAUAUAGAGCUGCCAUGCAGACACAAUGGAGCUGGAUCUUGCAGCUCUGCCAUUGUGUGGAGCAGCACCUGAAAGAGAACACUGUUUACUUUGAGUUUUUCAAUGAUGCCAAAGAGUCCAUGGACUACCUUAAGAGCCUUCAAGAUUCCAUUAGCAGAAAGUAUGGGUGUGACCGUACUAGUAGUCUGCACAGACUGGAGGAUCUCGUUCAGGAAUCCAUGGAUGAAAAAGAGCAGCUUCUUCAGUACCGCAGCACUGUGGCUAGCUUGGUGGGACGGGCUAAGUCUGUUGUUCAACUCAAGCCUCGCAACCCAGAGAGCCCUGUUCGAACUUCUAUUCCAGUCAAAGCCAUCUGUGAUUACCGUCAGAUAGAGAUCACUAUUUACAAAGAUGAUGAGUGCGUGCUGGCCAACAACACCCACCGAGCUAAGUGGAAAGUGAUCAGCCCUUCAGGGAACGAGGCCAUGGUGCCUGCUGUCUGCUUUACUGUGCCUCCACCCAAUAAGGAGGCAUUUGAAAUGGCCAGCAGGCUGGAACAGCUGUAUCAGAACGUUCUAGCACUGUGGCAUCGCUCCCACAUUAACAUGAAGAGCGUGGUGUCCUGGCACUACCUGAUGACCGAUAUCCGCAACAUCCGCAAAUGCACAGUGUCCUCUGUUAAGACUAUGUUACCGGGCGAGCACCAGCAGAUCCUGAGCAGCCUGCAGACUCACUUUGAUGAGUUUCUGGAGGACAGCGAGGAAUCUGAGAUCUUCACUAUGUCAGAUCGCACUCAGCUGGAGAAAGAGGUGCUGACCUCUAGAGAGUAUUAUGAGGAACUGCUCAAGUCUGCAGAUAGAGAGGAACAAGAGGAAUCGGUGUACAACAUCUUCAUAGCAGAGCUGCGGAACUUCCGCAUGCGAGUGGAGGCUCAUGAGGAGCAUCUGAUCAGGCAGGUCCGCUCUCCUCUGGAGCGAGACGACCUGAGGGCUAUAAUGCAGCGCAUUACAGAGCAAGAGAGGAAGAUAGUAGAGUUAGAUCGGUUGAAUGAGGAUCUUGUGGUGCUUAAGGAGAAGUGUGAGGUAUUCCUCAGGCAGGCUGCAAACUCACCUUUAGUGCCCAUCCUCUCUUCUGAACUCAACGUCCUCAUUCAAGGCAUGGCACAGAUCUACUCCAUGUGCUCCAUUUACCUGGAAAAGUUGAAGAUGGUGAGUAUGGUCAUGAAACACAGCCAGAAUGCAGAAGCUCUGGUUAAGAUGUAUGAGGCCAAACUGUGCGAGGAAGAUGCAAUCAGUGCUGACACCAGGUCCAUUGAUGCAGUUAUGAGCACUCUUAAGCAAUGGAGAUCGGAGAUUGACGACAGACGAGAGGUAUUCCAUGAACUGGAGGAUGAGCUGCAGAAAGCUAGAGUCGUCAGCGACCGGAUGUUUAAAUCCCAUAACGAGAGGGACUUUGAUCUCGACUGGCACAAGGAGAAGGCUGAGCAGCUUGGAGAGAGAUGGAAGAAUGUGCAUUUGCAGAUUGAAAACAGACUUCGAGACCUAGAGACCAUCAGUAAAUCUCUGAAAUACUAUAAGGAUUCAUUCAUAGGCCUAGAUGAGUGGAUCAGAGAGAUGGAGAUCUGGCAGCUGAAGGCACAGGACAACCAGCUAGAGGACAGUAAAUCUUUGGCUGAGUUACUUAACCAACAAAAGGUGAUGAUUGCAGAAAUUGAAAGUAAGCAGAGUAAGAUGGAUGAGUGUCAGAAAUACUCUGAGCAGUAUUCAUCAGGAGUAAAGGAUUAUGAGCUGCAAUUGAUGACGUACAGAGCCAUAGCGGACUCUCAGCACAAAUCUCCUGUGAAGAGGAGGAGGAUUCAGAGCUCAUCAGAUAACAUGCAACAGGAGUUUAUGGACCUGCGCACUCGCUACACAGCACUUUUUACUCUCAUGACGCAGUAUGUAAAGUUUGCAGGAGAGAAUCUGAAAAGAACAGAAGAUGAUGAGAAAUCUGUUGAAGAGGAGAAAAAAGAACACGGUGAUAAAGUUAGCAGGUUAUUGAACUGGAUGAACCAGAAUGUAAAUGAUGACAAAGCCAACACAGAGGGCUCUAAUAAGCCUCAGGUUCCGCUUGAAGACGUAUUGACAAAAAAGGAACAAAUUGCAGAAGCACUAAGAAGUACUCAACUGAUGCUAACCAAGCACAGUGACAGGAUGACUGAGGAGGAAAAACGUGAAGCAAAAGAACAGCUCAAAUCUCUCCACCAAGCCUACAGUGAGCUCUCUCAGCUGAGUACAGACCAGACUUCCCCUACUGACCAGACUGUUGAUGAGAAGCAGAAAGAGUUUGCAGACAAACUGCAGGAACUGUGCGAUGACCUAACCCAGACUGAGAACCGUCUCAUCGGCCACCAGCAGCAAGCCAAUUCUGCAAAUAGCGUUGGAGACCUCCAACAAUACCAACAGGAGCACCAGGCUUUGCAGAAAGACAUCCAGGCUAAUGCAAGUGCCCUGAAUGAAGUCAUCAGCAGCACUAAGAAGUUCCUGGAGGAGAAUCGGGGCAAACUGACUCCGGAGCAGAUUGCUGCUAUUGAGCAGAAGUUGGACGAGGCUAAGAGCAAGGCCAAUAUGCUUAACCAGAAAGCAGAGGAAACCAGGAAAGAUCUGGAGAAAGUUGUGACUACAGCUAUUAAAAAGGAGACAGAGAAGGUUGCAGCUGUGGAACAGCUUGAACAGACCAAAAACAAAAUUGAGGUUCUUUUAGACUGGGUAUCCAACAUUGGUAAAGAGAAAGAAAUGGGAGGAAUGCAAAAGGACCAAUUGACUAAAGAGAAUGGAAAUGUGCCAGUAGAAAGCACAGAAAAAAGACUUGUGGGAGUGGAAGACGAUCCAAAUGGAAAUGCAGUGGACACCACAGACAACAGCCCAGACUGGUCAAGAGAAAGUGAAGAUAGAAAAGAACUGGAUAUAGACCAGCAGUAUGAGAGAGUUAAGGCUCACCACCAAGAGAUCAUUUCCCAGCAGCAACACCUGAUCAUUGCCACCCAGUCGGCCCAAGCUUUACUGGACAAGCAGGCUGAGGUUCUCUCUCCAGCAGAAAAGGAAAAGCUUCAGAAGGACAUCCAGGAGUUGAGAAGCCGCUAUGAGACCUCCCUUACCCAGGCCGAGCAGCAGAUGAAGCAGGUGCAGAGUGUCCAGGAGGAGCUGCACAAGUUCCAAGGUGACUGUGAAGAAUUUGAGAUAUGGCUGCAUCAGGCUCAGAAACAGCUGGAGGAACUGGGUGCUCCCACCGGCCACUUAGAGGCUCUGCAGGAGAAGCUUCAGAGGCAUAAGAGCUUCAGUGAGGAUGUGAUCUCCCACAAGGGAGACUUGCGGUUUGUCACCAUCUCGGGUCAGAAAGUGCUGGAUGUAGCCAAGGCUUGCAACCAUACUGGGUCUCAGGAGGAAGAGUCACUGCAGGAGGUGGACACAUCAAAAACGUGUGCUGCUGUGAAGGAGAAGCUGGAUUCCGCUGCCAAUCACUACAAAACGCUGCACACCCAGUGCAACCAGCUUGGAAACAAUCUCAAAGAAGUCGUCGAGAAGUACAAGAAGUAUGACGAUGCUUCUGCUGGCCUUGUAACAUGGCUCAAUAAUUCUGAGGAAGAAGCGAGAACCCAGCAGUCUGAGCCAAUUGCUGCAGACCCUCAGACACUCCAGAGACAACUGGAAGAAGCCAAGACACUUCAAGAACAGACCAUAGGUCGUCAGGUAGCUGUGGACACACUACGCAAAGCAGCAGAGGCUCUCAUCACUGCAGAGGGAGACCUGCUCAACAAUCAGGAUGACAUUCAGGAAGCAGUGGAUGAUAUUGUGGAAAGGUAUGACAAUUUGUCUAAAUCUGUGAGUGACCGGAAUGAGAAGCUGCAGGUGACACUAACACGCUCACUGAGUGUACAGGACGGUCUGGAUGAGAUGAUGAACUGGAUGGAGAAGGUGGAGAAGAGUGUUGAGGAGAAAACACAAAUAGCCCUUGAGUCAGACGCCAUCGCUGAUGCACUUAGCAAGGAAGCAGCUCUGGAGCAGGAUUUGUCCAGCAGGCAGAGUAGUAUAUUCACCAUGAAGGCCAAGGUAAAGAAGUUUGUUGAGACUGCAGAGCCGGCUGCAGCGACUCUUCUCCAGAACGCUACUGAGGAACUGUCACAGCGCUUUGAUGCUGCCUGUGAGAAGCAUAAGCAGAAGGUCUGUCGGAUGGAACAGCUUAAAGACAAGGUUGAACAGUUUGAGAAGACAUCAGAGAAAGUUCAGGAGUUUGUACUGAAACACUCACAAGCUCUCAGUGAGGCUGAUGGACCUGGAAAAAAUGUAAAUGAGCUCCUCGAGCAGGUGCAGGAUACUAAUGCAGAGAUGGCUGAACAUGCGAAGGACAUGGAGACACUGCGGUCACUAUCAAAGGAGCUCUCCAAGCUAGCAGAAGAGGGAAGCAUUGCUUUAAUUCAGGGCAAAAUGGCAAACCUGUCGAACACGUUUAAUACUUUUAAAGACACACUUAAGGAGAAAGAACAGGAGGUGUCAUCAUGCCAGGACCAGCUGGGUGAGUUCAAAGAAACAGCAGGGAUGCUAAUGAAGUGGCUGGAUGAGACUAAAAAACAAGUGCCUGUGGUUCAACCCAACUACAGUGAACAGGGACUGAGAAAAGACCUGCAACAAAUCAAUGGCAUGAUAGAGGAAUGGACUGCCAAAGCUCCUGCUGUUCAAGAUAUAAAUAACAAAGGUUCUGCACUGUGUACCCUAAUCAGUGUUUUGACAUCCCCAGCCAAAGCCAGAAUGCAUCACAAAUCAGGUUCAACAGUGAAUAAUGGUGGAGAUACAUAUCUAACCAACAAAGAGCUCAUGCUGGUGCAGCAGUACAUGUCUGGCAUCAAUGAGGGUUACAAUAGCCUUGAGGAGCUGCUGAAGACCAGGCAGUCAGAGCUGAACGCUGUGUUGCAGAAGCUCCAAGGAGCCCAGGAUGAGGCUCAGUCUAUGGUAGAGUGGCUGGAAGACAUGAAGAAAACAGCAGCAUCUUGGAGCUCAGACCCAGCAGGAACAGACUCAGUGAAAAAGCAGAUGGAACAGCAGAAGUCAUAUGAGGAAAAAAUGCACCAGAAGGAACAGCAGCACCAGCAACUGAGAGAAAAGCUGCUCAACCUGAUAGCGGAAAACCCCGAUUCACCCGAAGCUGCCAAGUGGAAGCACAUGUUGAAUCAAAUAGACGCAGGAUGGGAAGACGUCAAGGGGUCUGUGGAGAACAGGAAGCAGCACUUGGAAGAGUCAUCUCGUAUGCUGGAGCUCUUCCAGACAACCCAACCACAGCUUGCACAGUGGCUGCAAGAGAAAGAGCUAAUGAUGAGCGUGCUAGGGCCACUGUCCAUGGACCCCAAUAUGCUCAACACUCAGAGGCAGCAAGUCCAGAUUCUUCUAAAUGAGUUUGAAGGCCGGAAGACUCAGUAUGAACAGCUAACUGAAGCAGCCAUGUCUAUUGCUGCUGCAUCCGGAAACGAGGACCCAACAAUCAAGAAUGUGAAUGAACAACUGGCUGCUAUUGCCCAGAAGUGGCAGAGCCUGACAAGCCAGCUGUCUCAACGUGAUGCUCUCAUUGAGCAGGCCGUGGGUAAGACUAAACAAUUCCAGGAUAUUCUGCGGCACCUAGAAGAGAGUGCGGUGAACCUGGAGUCUCAGCUCAAUGGUCAGUCUGCUCUCAGCACACAGCCUGAUGCAGUCAAGAAGCAGCUGGAAGAAACCAAUGCAGUCCUCGCUCAGCUCUGUGAAGAAAGGAAGAGGCUGAAAGAGGCUGAAGAUCUGUGCUCUGAACUUUCAGCUUUAGUGACUGAGGAAUACCUCCGAGCCAACCUCACAGGACAGCUGGAAAGCGUCUCCAAACCCUUCAAGCUUCUUGAAGACAAAGCAGCAAAGCAGAUCCAGCAGCUCACUUCCACAUUUGCCUGCUCACGAGAAUUCCAUCAGGGAUCUAAAGACUUCCAAAGCUGGCUGGACCAAAAGCUUCAGGAGCAGACUGUGACCAAGCCUAUCUCUGCCAAAGAGGAUGCUCUACGUAAGAGCUUGGAGGAGCACAGUUCUGUCCACAGGGCUAUUAGUGAACAGGAAGGGCCGUACAACACCAUUAUGAGGGAAGGAGAAGCUCUCCUACAGAAGACAGACGGAGCAGAAAAAUUGGCCCUACAAGGACAGCUCUCGGCUCUCAAGUCUAACUGGGAAACAGUAAAGAGCGGUGAAGCAGAGCAAGCUGAGAAGCUUAAUAUUGCUAUGGGUCGGGCGAAGAAAUUCAGAGAGCAUGCAGAGAGCUUGAGCUCUUGGCUACAGGAGUGUGAUGACAGGGAGAAGAUGGCUACGCUCAGUGUGAAUUCUGUAGAAGUUGAGAACUCCCUCUCACAAGUAAAAGCCAUCCAAAAAGACGUGGACAAACACAGGGGUCAGAUGGAGCUGUUAAAUGCAGCUGCAGACAGCUUACUUGAGGUGGCCACAGCAGAUGUUGAUGCUGUAAAGGAAGAGAAGAUGGUUAUAGGGAAGAACAUGGAGAAGUUGAUGGAAGGUUUACAGAUUAAGAAGGAAUCGCUAGAAAAGCUCUCACAGAAACUGAAAGACUUUAGUGACACACAAAAAGAGCUCACAGGACAACUUGAAGGUGCCAAAAAGCAACUAGAAGGUCAGUCUGGACUAGGUGUCCAGGCUUAUAGUAACAAGAACCUAACCAACAUGAAGGCUCAGCAGAAAAGUUUAGAAGGGGUUCAGACUCAAAUAGAGCACAUUAAAAGUAUAGCUCAAAGCUUGGUGGUGGAUGUACCUGAAGCUGAAGGGGUCACAGAUCUCCUCCUUCAGGCGGACAGUCUGGAGAAAGAACACAGCUCCAUUAGCAAAGAAACUGAAGAACAAUGCUCUCAACUGGAGAACAAACUGCACGGUAUCGGACAGUUCCAGGACACCAUUCGGCAGAUGUUCACAAGCUUUGCAGACCUGGAUGAUGAGUUGGACAGUAUGGUCCCUGUUGGAAGAGACCUAAAAACCUUACAAGAUCAACAAGAAACUAUUCAAAGUUUUGUGACAAAACUCCAGGAUCUGAUGUCGAACACAGCCAGUGCUAGUGACAACUGCAAGAGGAUGCUCAAAUCCGAAGCCUCACCAGAUCUGUUGGGCUUGAAGAGAGACCUAGAGGCGCUGAGUAAGCAAAGUGGAAAGUUGAUGGACCGGGCCAUCGGGAGGAAAGAGCAGGUAGAAGAAACUCUUAAACAUCUGGAGGAGUUCUACAACAAGCUUCAGACCUUCACAAAGAAGAUGGGCACAGCAGAAGAGCAAGAGGAAUCCCAGGAACCAGUUGGUUUGGAGACAGAUGUUAUUAACCAACAGCUGGAGGCUUUUAAGGUUUUCCAAAAAGACACAAUUGAGUCACUGCAGACACAACUUAAAGACCUGAACUGGCUGGGCCAGGGACUUACACAGAAUGCUUCCAAAGGGACCUGCACUAAAGACCUCGAACAGGACCUAGACAAGGUCAACACAAGAUGGAACACCCUGAACAAAAAGGUUGCAGAGCGCUCAGCGCAGCUCCAUGAGGCAUUGCUGCAUUGUGGCAGAUUCCAGGAUGCUCUCGAGUCUUUGUUUAGCUGGCUCACGGACACAGAAGAAUUGGUGGCCACUCAGAAGCCUCCGUCAGCAGAGUUUAAAGUUGUGAAAGCACAGAUACAGGAACAGAGGCUCCUACAAAGGCUGUUAGAUGACCGCAGGCCAACAGUGGAGCUUAUUAAGACAGAAGGGGGGAAGCUGUCUGAGCUGGCUGACUCCAACUCCGUGGAUAAACAGAAGAUUGGGAGGGAUAUUGAGGUCCUGGGUCAGAGAUGGGACACUCUGCUAAAGAAAGCCGAGAACAGACGCAAGCAGCUGGAGAGCAUUUUGGUGGUGGCCCAACAGUUCCACGAGACUCUGGAACCACUAACAGAGUGGCUCACAGCUACAGAGAAAAGCCUGGCCAGCUCCGAGCCCAUCGGCACCCAGACAUCUAAGUUAGAGGAGCAGAUAGGCCAGCAUAAGGCUUUAGAGGAGGAGAUACUAGACCACAGUAAGAGCUUGUAUCAGGCAAUGAGUCUUGGUCAGGCUUUGCGGUCGCUCAGCAGUAUGGAUGAUAAAGAGCUAGUCCAGGCUAAGCUGGACAGCACUCAGAGUGGCUACAUCGAGCUGCAGGAACGCUGCCGCACAAAGGCCGAGUUGCUGAUGCGGGCUCUGGCCAAUGCAAGGCUUUUCGGUGAGGACGAGGUGGCACUCAUGAACUGGCUGGACGAAAUCCACGGCAGACUAAGCCAUGUAUCCAUCCAGGACUAUAACCCGACUGUGCUGGCAAAACAACACACUGAUCAGCUGGCACUUCAUGAGGAUAUUGAGUUUAAAAAACAGAAUAUUGAACAGGCCCUGCAGAAUGGACUAGAGCUGCUCAAACAGACCACAGGUGAUGAAGUUAUCGUAAUUCAGGGCAAACUGGAUGGAAUAAAGACAAGAUAUGGUGAGAUUAACAGAAUGAGCAAUGAUGUGUUAAAGACCCUGGACAAGGCUCUAUCGUUGGCAACCAAGAUGCACAACACUCAUGAAGAGUUAAGCGUCUGGCUGGAAGGUGUAGAGUCUGAAUUAGCCACGUUCAGCUCUCAGGAUCCAGCUGGAGAGCAGCUCACUCAGGUUCAGGAAAAGCAAAAAGCGUUGCUGAAGGAGAUUCAGAAGCACAGGCCAGUUGUGGAUGUGCUGAAUGAAGUCAGCGGCGCUCUGCUGGAGCUGGUGCCUUGGCGCGCCCGAGAGGGUCUCGACAAACUGGUUAUGGAGGACAACGAGCGCUACAAGGCUGCAAAUGAUGCCAUCUCUCAGUAUGUGGACCAGACAGGAGCUGCUAUUCUAAAAUCACAGAAGUUUGAGCAAGCAGCAGACACCGAGUUAGCCUGGCUGACGGAGGCACAGAAGAAACUGGCGUCCCUAGGGGUCAUCAAGCUGGAGCCAGAGCAGACCACAGCUCAACUACAGGCACAGAAGAGCUUCUCUAUGGACAUUAUGAGGCACAAAGAUUCAGUGGAUGAUAUCACAAAGACAGGCGAGGCGUUGAUGACCAGUAAAGACGAGGCAGAGAAGCAGGCACUGAGGGAGAAGAUUCAGGCUCUUGUGGGGAAAUACAACAUCGUUAGCCAGCUGAACUCGGAGUGCUGCUUGCAGCUGGAAAGGGCGCACUCACUCACCUGCCAGUUCUGGGAGACCCAUGAGGAGCUGUGGCCAUGGCUACAAGAGACCCAGGCUAACUUUACCCAGCUACCACCUCCUGCCAUCGAGUAUGAGACUCUCAGACAGCAGCAAGAGGAACUACGGCAACUGAGAGAACUUAUUGCAGAGCAUAAGCCUCACAUAGACAAGAUGAACAAAACUGGCCCGCAACUGGUAGAGUUAAGUCCUUUGGAGGGUGAGUCCAUCAGGGAAAAGUACCAGGCUGCAGACAAACUGUACACCCAGCUUAAAGCAGAUGUUAAGCAGAGAGCUGCUGCCCUGGAUGAAGCCAUCUCCCAAUCAACCCAGUUCCAUGACAAGAUUGACCCUAUGUUGGAGUCUCUGGAGCGUAUAGCCGAGCGUCUGCGCCAGCCUCCCUCUAUAUCUGUAGAAGUGGAUAAGAUUCGUGAGCAGAUUUCGGAAAACAAGGCCGUAAAUGUGGACUUAGAGAAGCUGCAGCCUUCCUACGAAACAGUGAAGCAGAGAGGCGAGGAGAUGAUUACUCGCUCAGAGGGAGCAGACAAAGACCUGUCAGCCAAAGCUGUGCAAGACAAACUUGACCAGAUGGUGUUUGUGUGGAAUGACAUCCAUGCUUUACUGGAGGAGAGGGAGGCUAAACUUCUGGAUGUAAUGGACCUGGCUGAGAAGUUCUGGUGUGAUCACUGUGCUCUCAUCAUGAUCAUCAAGGACACACAGGACUUGCUGAAAGAUCUCGAGGAGCCCGGAGUCGACCCCUCUGUUGUUAAACAGCAACAGGAGGCUUUAGAGGGGUACCGAGAGGAGAUUGACGGGCUUCAGGAGGAGCUGAAUAUAGUCCAGAAUCUGGGAGCAGAGCUUAUGACAGCUUGUGGUGAACCAGACAAACCAGUGAUCAAAAAGAGCAUUGAUGAGGUGAACACGGCAUGGGAGACUUUAAAUAAGACAUGGAAGGAACGUGUGGAAAGACUGGAAGAAGCUAUGCAAGCUGCCGUGCAAUUUCAGGAUGGUCUUCAGGGCAUGUUUGACUGGGUGGAUAUUUUGGAGAGCAAACUGGAUUCAAUGUCACCUGUGGGCACAGACCUGGAGACUGUGAAACAGCAGAUUCAAGAGCUGAAGGAGUUCAAAGGUGAAGCAUACCAGCUUCAGAUUGAGAUGGAGAGACUGAAUCACCAGGCAGGGCUGCUACUGAAGAAGGUCCUGGAAGAGGCAGACCGCAUUGCCAUCCAGGAGCCUAUGAACGAACUGAAAAUGCUCUGGAACAAUCUGGAUGAGAAGGUCAUCAAUAGACAGCACAAGCUUGAAGGUGCCUUGCUGGCUUUGGGACAGUUCCAGCAUGCUCUGGAUGAGCUUCUGGCCUGGCUAAGUCAUACUGAAGAGCUGCUUGAUGGACAGAAGAAAACCAGUGGGGACCCCAAAACUAUUGAGAUAGAGCUUGCCAAGCAUCAUGUGUUGCAUAACGAUGUGCUGGCUCAUGAGAGCACGGUGGAGGCCGUCAACAAGGCCGGCAGUGACCUGAUUAAAUCUAGUGCAGGAGAGGAGGCAUGUGGCCUGCAGAGCAAACUGGACAACUUCAACCAGCGGUGGAAGGCCAUCUUGGAGAAGACUGAGCAGAGGAGACAGCUUUUGGAAAGCGCCUUACUUCAGGCCCAAGGUUUCCAUGGUGAGAUUGAAGAUAUGCAAAAGUGGCUGAAAGACACGGAAUGUCAGCUGUUAGCAUCAAAGGCAGUUGGAGGCUUACCAGACACGGCCCGCGAGCAGCUUAACACCCAUCUGGAGCUUUGUAAAGCGAUGGAGGUAAAAGAGCAGAUCUACCAGCAGCUCCAGCAGAGAGGCCAGCAGCUCAUUGCCAUGACACCAGAGAGCCAGGAUGGCACCACUAACCAAGACCUCGGCAACCUGCAGGAAAAAUGGGAGUCUGUGCAAAGCAAAGUGUCUGAAAGGAAGGUGAAACUUGAGGAGGCAUUAGCAGUAGCCACAGAUUUCCAUAAUUCCCUGCAAGAUUUCAUUAACUGGCUGACACAAGCUGAACAGACUCUCACCAUGGUCUCCCCAGCCUCCCUCAUCCUGGAAACUAUCCUGUUCCAGAUUGAUGAGCAUAAGAUCUUUGUGACUGAGGUGAACUCACACCGGGAUCAGAUCAUCGAGCUGGAUAAGACAGGUACUCAUUUGAAGUACUUCAGCCAGAAGCAGGAUGUGGUGCUGAUUAAGAACCUGCUCGUGAGCGUACAGAACCGCUGGGAUAAAGUGGUACAGUGCUCGGUGGAGAGGGGGCGCCUGCUGGAUGAUGCCAGGAAACGUGCAAAGCAGUUCCAUGAGAGCUGGACCAAGCUGAUGGAGUGGCUGGAUGAGUCAGAGAGAGCGCUGGACUCGGACUUGGAGAUCGCCAACGAACCUGACAAAAUCAAAACGCAGCUCACUCAGCACAAGGAGUUCCAGAAAGCUUUGGGCGCAAAGCACUCUGUGUAUGACACCACCAGCCGAUCGGGUCGAGCCCUAAAGGACAAGACGUCCCUCAAAGAUGACAACCAGAAACUGGACGACAUGCUCUGUGAGCUCCGAGACAAAUGGGACACCAUUUGUGGAAAGUCUGUGGAGAGGCAAAACAAGCUGGAGGAGGCUCUGCUGUUCUCAGGCCAGUUCACAGAUGCCCUCCAGGCUCUGAUUGACUGGCUCUAUAAAGUAGAACCUCAGCUGGCAGAGGAUCAGCCUGUGCAUGGAGACAUCGACCUGGUGCUCAACCUCAUCGACAGCCACAAGGUGUUUCAAAAGGAGCUUGGAAAGAGGACGGGUUCUGUGCAAGCCUUGAAGCGUUCAGCCCGGGAGCUGAUUGAGAGCAGCCAUGAUGACUCGUCGUGGGUCAAAGUUCAGAUGCAGGAGCUGAGCACACGUUGGGACACUGUUUGUGCCCUCUCCGUGUCAAAACAGACCCGACUGGAACAAGCUUUGUGUCAGGCAGAGGACUUCCACUCAACUGUUCACAUCCUACUGGAGUGGCUGGCUGAAGCAGAACAGAGCCUGCGUUUCCAUGGCUCACUGCCCGAGGAUGAGGAAGCGCUCCGUAACCUCAUCGAACAGCACAAUGAAUUUCUGAAGAAACUGGAUGAGAAAAGCGUAGCUCUGGGCAAAGCCAUUAGCAUGGGGGAAGCUAUCCUAGCUAUCUGCCAUCCAGACUCUAUCACCACUGUCAAACACUGGAACACUAUAAUCAAAGCUCGCUUCGAGGAGGUAACAGCAUGGGCACGACAGCAUCAGCAGAGGUUAUCCAGUGCUCUAAGCGAGCUUCUGGCCACCCACGAGCUACUAGAGAAUCUGCUGAGCUGGUUAAAGUGGGCUGACACCACCCUUACCGAGAAAGACAAGGAGGCCCUACCCCAGGAGAUAGAAGACAUCAAAGCUCUAAUCACAGAGCAUCAGACUUUUAUGGAGGAGAUGACUAGAAAACAACCUGACGUGGACAAAGUUACUAAGACUCAUAAAAGAAAAGCCACAGCCGAACCGCCAGUUCAGUCUCAGAUUCCAGUGCUGGAUAAAGGAAGAACAGGCCGAAAAAGAUCCCCAACUCAGACCAUGUAUCCAGCAUCUGUGCAGCCUCAAAUUGAGACCAAGAACCCCAGAGUGAACCUGCUCGUCAGUAAAUGGCAGCAGGUCUGGCUUUUGGCCCUGGACAGGCGAAGAAAACUCAACGAUGCUUUGGACAGGCUUGAGGAGCUUAAAGAGUUUGCCAACUUUGACUUUGAUGUCUGGAGAAAGCGCUACAUGCGGUGGAUGAACCACAAGAAAUCUCGAGUCAUGGAUUUCUUCCGACGCAUCGAUAAAGACCAGGAUGGAAAGGUUACCAGGCAGGAGUUUAUUGAAGGCAUUCUUUCCUCAAAGUUCCCUACUAGUCGACUGGAGAUGAGUGCUGUAGCAGACAUUUUUGAUCGUGACGGUGAUGGCUACAUUGAUUACUAUGAGUUUGUGGCUGCUCUGCACCCCAACAAAGAUGCUUACAAACCACUUACUGAUGCUGAUAAGAUUGAAGAUGAGGUGACUCGCCAAGUGGCAAAGUGCAAGUGUCCUAAACGGUUCCAAGUGGAGCAGAUCGGUGCCAACAAAUAUCGGUUCUACCUUGGAAACCAGUUCGGAGAUUCGCAGCAGCUCAGGCUGGUGCGGAUCCUGCGCAGCACUGUCAUGGUGCGGGUGGGAGGUGGCUGGAUGGCGCUCGAUGAGUUCCUGGUCAAGAACGACCCGUGUAGAGUUCAUCACCACGGGAGUAAAAUGUUGCGCUCGGAAUCAAAUUCAUCAAUUACUCAGUCUCCUAUAGGUUGGCAACUCUCACACUUUCUCUCCUUGCUCCAUCCCAGUGCUAAAGGUAGGACAAACGUGGAGUUGCGAGAGAAGUUCAUUCUUCCAGAAGGGACUACUCAGAUGAUGGCUAGCUUCCGCUACAGGGGCCGAAGGUCACGACCGUCGUCUAGAGGCGCCUCUCCAAACAGGUCCAAUUCAAGCCAAAGCUGUCCUGCUCAGCCCAACCCACCUGCUACUAGUACACCUAAGUGUCUCCAUCAUUUAACCCGCAAUUAUGAAAAACCCUGGCUGACAAACAGCAAACCAUCUACUCCCUUAAAGUCAUCUGAUUCCUUUGAGAGCCAAGGGUCAUCGAACGAGAGUACACCAAUCCAAGGCAGCAAGCUCCGUUUGCCUGGAUACUUGUCAGGCAAAAGCUUCCAGUCAGGAGAGGAAGGAACUCUGAUAAACACUGCGGUUUUGAAGGCCAGAAGUCAGGCCAUUGGUUCCAGUAGACCCGGCAGUAAAGCAGGGAGCCGAGGUAGCAGCCGGCGAGGAAGCGACGCCUCCGACUUUGACAUCUCCGACAUCCAGUCUGUCUGCUCAGACGUAUCAGAGGCGGUAAUAGACUCAGCAAGACCCCGCUCUUCCCCUCGCCAUCCUGGAGUAAAAUCCUCCAAAAUUCCAACACCGAGGAGGAGCAUGGCCAGCAGCAAACUGGCCAAGACUACAACCAAGAGAUAAAGAUCUCAACAGCACUAUACUGGAACACACUGGAUAUAAAGACUAAACCUCCAAGAUGCUAAAAAGUGCAAGACAUCGUUAUUUUAACCAAGUGUAGCAAGUUGUAAAUUAUUCUGAGAACAAACGAGGUUAGCGAGGUGGGAUUGGUGUUGAGUGUGAGUGGAAUGUAAUGGUUCAGUGUAAUUGUGUAUGUAUUUUUAUUUUCUGUGAAUAAUUUUUGCAUCAGAUUAUUGUAUUUAAUUUUAUCGCUGCUAUCAUGCGAGAACUGGCAGGAAAGACAGACUGUACAUUGUGAAGCCAAGAAAGAAUAAUCCAUGUGUUUGGAUUGAGCUUAUAUAGAAGCUGAAUGUACUGUAAACCUCAAGCUGAGUGCUUGCCAGCACUCUAAUGCCACUGUGUUUCACCAGGGCACCGCAACUAUUUAUUCAUCUAUUUAAAAAGUGCAAUGAUAAGUUUCUGAGAAUGCAUUUAUAGGGCAAUACAAUACUAACAAUUAUAAUCGCUGCAAACGCUCCUUUUAAAGCACUACAGAGAACUUUCAAACAUAAUCAGAGCCUUCAGAACAGUCCAUAUCCACCUGCUGCUUCUAUAACUAUUGUUUAAGUUCUGAUCAUAUUACUGUGUGCCAUCUAACCCUGACAGGAACCUUUCAUGGUUCUGACUCAUACAUAUUCAUAACUGCAUUCAUGUCUGUGUACUGUAUGUUUUUGCGUCAGUGAAAGUGAAUAACAACCUUUUUUUGUAAUAAACCUGCUUGCAGAAAGAUUUUGCGGCAUUUAAAAACUA